AGACACAUUUGUCUCCAUUGUUGUUUUUAACACUGAGCUCGUUGAACUUGAAGAUUUAUUUUCUGUCUAAACGAUGGCGAAGUUGACACGCGCUAAGAGACAUCUGCGCGCGACUCAGAUAUCACCAUCGCAUUCACUCGUUCGAACGUUCUCCAACACCCGCUGAAAACAUCGCCAGCUGAAACGCGACCGCUGUUUACGGGAAAGCCUUCAGACGCCAACAGCGCCGACUGCAUACGUGGACGACGCGAAUCCACCGUAAGUGACCGACGUCAAAAUAGCUUGACCUGAAACGCCACGUCCGUAUCAAAUUGGUAGCUGCAGAGACGUCACAUGAGGGGCCAGAAAACGCGCGGCCGAGCUGCUUCUGCAGGUCCCUGUAGGACUCCGAGAGGCGCGCCGCCGUAUUCCGUGCAACGUCAACAACGAACCGAGUCCCAGCCGGACAUUGCCGAAGAUUCAAUGCCGGUGGCUGAAGCCGGUAGGGUCCUGUCCAUAUCGGAACUAUUUCGCCGCUUGCCCGCCCAGAUGGUGUCCAAGCCCGGCGUGACGACGCACGUCAUAGACGGCUACGUCAUCCAGGAGUCCCUCCAACCUUUCUCGAGCUCCACGACCACGGCGACGACGACCAGCGUCGUGGGGGCACAGCGAUACUACCGCGUCAGCACGGACGCUUCACCACCGUCCCCGAAGCCCUGCCCGGAGACGGACCCUGGUACGUCUGGAGCGGGGGCGCCAGCAGCGACCGCAAAGCGUGAAUGUGCCCAGGAGGUCCUGGACACGUCGUUCGUCGAGACGCCUGCCACGACCGUGACUCCUCCGGGGGCUGCGACCUCCACCGUGUACCUGACGCCCGAACGGAAGACUCCGUCGCUGGCCUGCGAGAAGACCGAAGGAGGAGUCCAGACGGCACCGAGCAAGACCGCCGCCAGUGUUCCAGCCCCAGCUGCCGCCGCCAAGUCGAAGGUCCUCAACGGCACCCCUCAAGACGCCCCGUCGACGUCUGCUCAGGACUUGGCGGCUUCGCAGGCGUCAGCUGAUCUUCUGCCUACACCUCGGCAGCAGCAACCUGCGGCUCCACAGCCGAGUAGGAGGACCUCGCCGGAAAAGUGGACGGUAGAGGACGUGGCCGAGUACGUCGCGGGGAUCCAGGGUUGCGAGCGUUUCGCUGAGAAGUUCCGCCACCACGAGAUUGACGGCGGAGCGCUGUUCCUCAUCAAGGAACACCACCUCAUGGCGACCAUGAACAUGAAGCUGGGACCGGCGUUGAAGAUGUGUGCAACCAUAGGUUCGCUUCGCGAGGUGUCCUAAGAUGAACCUGUGGCGCGCGUCGCAACGUGAUGUGAAGAAGAGAGGUGUUCUAGGCGUUCCCCAACGAUUGUUCAUUGUGACAUGAUGGAAAGAAACGCAAACUAAAUGUAAGGAACACAAAGUGAUAUGGAAUUUUCCCAUUUAUUUGCGCUGCUUUCCAUCAUGUCAACGCCCUAGAAGAAAACAUUUUGGUCACACUGCCA